AUGAUACAUCGCAAACGAUACGCAGAAUCUAGCAGACCUUCUGAGCUUACGAGAAAACCGACCGAUCGAGAUACUAUAAUGGUGAUGCUGUUGGGCCUGGAAAGAUUGAUGAUGGGCCUGAAAUCCAAGCUCAAGUCCAUGAAGAUAACGUCGAGGAAGGCCUGCAGCGAUUACGACAAGAUUGAAAAGAGCGAGAGCAUGAGAAUCGAACUGAGGAGCCGAAAAGCGCGAAAGCUAAUUCACGACACUCUCAAAAUCGCUGAUUCGCCCAAGACCAGAAGCUACACCUUUUGA